AUGCCAAAUACAGGAGAAAAUGGAAAUCCUUAUGAUCUUAAAUGGUUGAUUAUCAUUUUUGAUCGUACUUUAAAAUAUCAAUCGAUGAAUAAUGAAGACAUGGGUGUUGUUCAUUGUGCUAAUUUUAUCGAUAUUGGCAAUAUCAUUGAAGGAUACAAAGAUCAACAAUUGAUACUUUUUGUCUCAACAGAAGAUACACAUACCGAAGAACUUCAAGAAAUGUUAGUUCAACAUACAGAAUUAAUUCAAAUGGUCUACGUUUAUCCAUCAGCUGAUCCGUCAAUCGAAUGUAGCAAAGUCAUUGUUGAUAAUCCAAAAGUAAAUCAUAUAUCGUUUGAACAAGAUAUACAACGAGAAUUAAUACGAGUACAAAUGAAUCAAUUUAACUUACAAGCUGAUACGUUUCGUCAGGCAGGUGACACACAGUUAGGUGAUUUAUUUGAAGAAAAAGCUAUUGAAUUAUCAAAACAAUUAUAUCAUUAA